AUGGAGCCUGGACGUGGAGGCCCUUCUGUGCUGCCCCUCUGGCCCCGGCCUAGGCGGCAGCCUGCCCUGUGGCCUACCCUGGCCGCUCUGGCCCUGCUGAGCAGCAUCGCCGAGGGCGAGGCCUCCCUGGGCCCCGCACCCAGCAGCCCGGUCCCCCGAGAAGGCCCCGUGCCGGCCCCGGCGCCCCCCGCGGGUCCCCUGCCUGGGGGCCGCGCGGCCGGUCUGUGCGGCGGAAGAGCCCGGCGGCCGCCGCCCCCGCCGCCCGCGCCCUCGCCCGCUGCCCCCCGAGGGCCCCGCACUGCGCGGGCUGGGGGCCGGGGCGGCCGCGGGAGCCGGGGGAGCCGCGCGCGGGCCGCGGGGGCGCGGGGCUGCCGCCUGCGCUCUCAGCUGGUGCCGGUGCGCGCGCUCGGCUUGGGCCACCACUCCGACGAGCUGGUGCGUUUCCGCUUCUGCAGCGGCUCCUGCCGCCGCGCGCGCUCCCCGCAUGACCUCAGUCUGGCCAGCCUGCUGGGCGCCGGGGCCCUGCGGCCGCCCCCCGGCUCGCAGCCCGUCAGCCAGCCCUGCUGCCGACCCACGCGCUACGAGGCCGUCUCCUUCAUGGACGUCAACAGCACCUGGAGGACCGUGGACCGCCUCUCGGCCACUGCCUGCGGCUGUCUGGGCUGA